GCAACCUGCAGGAACCAAACUUGGUAAUCCUGCCGCCCCAGGCUUCGCGCUGGGGGUCCGCAACGUGGAACCCGGCUACGUGUGGUGGCCCAUGGCGCUCUACGAGAUCUUCUCUCACCCGAUCGAGCGCAGCUACCGCGCGGGGCUCUGCUCCAAGGCCGCGCUGUUCCUGCUGCUGGCCACCGCGCUCACCUACAUCCCGCCGCUGUUGGUGGCCUUCCGGAGCCACGGCCUGUGGCUGAAGCGGAGCAGCUACGAGGAGCAGCCGGCCGUGCGCUUCCAGCACCAGGUGCUGCUCGUGGCCCUGCUGGGGCCCGAGCCCGGAGGCUUCCUGGCCUGGAGCACGUUCCCCGCCUUCAACCGGCUGCAGGGGGACCACCUUCGCAUCCCGCUCGUGUCGACUAGAGAAGAAGACAGGAACCAGGAUGGGAAAAUGGACAUGUUACAUUUUAGACUGGAGCUUCCUCUGCAAGCCACAGAGAACGUUCUUGGUGUCCAGCUUAUCUUGACCUUCUCCUACCAACUGCAUAGGAUGUCCACGUUCGUGAUGCAGAGCAUGGCCUUUCUCCAGUCCUCCUCUGCCAUUCCUGGGUCCCAGUUACACGUGAACGGGGACCUCAGGUUACAGCAGAAGCAGCCUCUGAGUUACAGCGGCCUAGAUGUCCGGUACAACGUGUCUGUGAUCAAUGGGACCAGCCCUUUCGCCCAGGACUAUGACCUUACCCACAUUGUGGCUGCUUAUCAGGAAAGGAACGUUACCACUGUCCUGAAUGACCCCAACCCCCUCUGGCUGGUGGGCAGAGCCGGCGAAGCUCCCUUCGUGAUCAACGCUGUCAUUCGCUACCCCGUGGAAGUCAUUUCUUACCAACCAGGCUUCUGGGAGAUGAUCAAGUUUGCCUGGGUCCAGUAUGUCAGCAUCCUGCUAAUCUUCCUCUGGGUGUUCGAAAGAAUAAAAGUUUUUGUGUUUCAGAAUCAAGUGGUCACCACAAUUCCUGUGACAUCAGUGUCCCAGGGAGAGGUGUACAAGCAGCACUUGUCCUAAGCAGACGGUCUCUAAACAACUCCUCGGGAUUGUGCUACCUCAUUGUCUUCUGCAAGCUGCCAUCCUAUGACACUUCUGAAAAGAGCCUACUGGACACCGUG